AUGUCCUACAAGCGAUCUCGGGCGACAUUCGAGGCCGACCUCCAUGCGCCGUAUGCCAUCUUCGGCACCCCUUUGCCAGAGGACGGCGAGCGCGACGAUGGCUCAUAUCUUCCCUUGUGGAAACAGGAGGUGAGAGAUGAAAAGGGCAGGCGGAGAUUACAUGGAGCUUUUACAGGCGGCUGGAGCGCAGGCUAUUUCAACACCGUGGGAUCCAAAGAAGGAUGGACACCGGCCACCUUUGUAUCAAGUCGCUCGAACCGCCGCAAGGAUGAACCUGCCAGCCUCCAACAGCGCGCCGAAGAUUACAUGGACGAAGAGGACCUGGCGGAUGCUGCGGAAGCACAGACACUCAAGACCACCCAGGCAUUUGCCGGGCUGGGAUCGUCCACCCAAGAGGAGCUCCGUGCCGGGGGGCUGAUGGGCCUGUUUAGAGCCGACGGAGAUACAAUGGGCCUGAAGCUGUUGCGGAGAAUGGGCUGGAAAGAUGGCCAGGGUAUUGGUCCCAAAGUUCGACGGGGUGCACGCCUAGACUUGGGCGCAAAGUCUAACUCGACCGAUGGCGAAACUCACCUCUUUGCACCAGACAAUGUCGAGGUAAUGCGAUUCGUCCACAAGACCGAUCACAAAGGUCUGGGACAUAGUGGACAGGAAAAGCUUUCUUUGCUGCGCCACGAAAGCAAAGCUGAUAGUGACGAAGAGGGCGAAGGUCGAGAUGGCGUGUUGUCAAUCUUAUCCCGAGGGGGCACCAAUAAGAAACCCCAGCGAGGCGGCAUUGGCAUUGGCAUCCUCAACGACACUGGAUCUGAUGACGAAGACCCUUACGAGAUUGGUCCCAAGAUCAGGUAUAACCGCGUUGUUGGAGGCGACAAGAAGAAGAAGGGGAAGAAGUCACCAGCUGCAGCGAAUCCAUCUCUGAAAAAAACCCCAGUGUUUAUACCGAAAAUUUCUAGGGUCGGCGGUAACUUACGAAGAUGUCAGGAUGGACGACUUCCUCUCGAUGGGUUUGCCCUAGCCACAAUGGUGGAAGAUUUAACCGCUGCUUUGUCCAAAUAUGCGCCCCCGCCAGUCCCGACUGACUGGAAAUUAUCCAAGUCUACCCCUAAUGCCGAAAGCAAAGCAGAUGCGUAUGUUUCAGCUGCUGAAGCUGCAAAAUCAUCAACUCUCGAUGCGAAAUCUCGAGCCGCUAUCCUUGGUGAAAAGGCCCUCCCUGGGAAAUCUGUUUUUGAUUACAUAUCGGCUGCUUCCAGGGAGAAGAUUGCUGCGGCGUCAGGAAGAGCAGACUUACCCCCUGGCCUAGGCGAAGUGCCAGAAGGAUAUGCACUGUCAGAAGAAGAAAAGCAGACAAUGCUCUGGGACCAAGUUCCUAAACUUGACCGUGAGACGGCAAUCGCAGCAAUUGCACGGGGUUUACGAGGGCCAUACGCAGACAAUGAGGUUAAAAGAGCUCGCUACAAACGGUACCUGGAGCACCAUACGAAUCCUAAACUGUCGCUCCCGGAGAGGACCAGGGGUAUGUCAGAUGACGAUUUCCUUCAGGAAAUGACCGAGUUCUAUAACUGCGCGAGGAUAUUCAAGCCAAUGACUGGUUUCAUGGCAUCGAGAUUCACAACGGCCAAGGCGCCACACAUCAUUGGGGCUGACCCAACACAAGAGAAGGAGUUGAUUUCUAUGCCUGAGCCAAAGACCUUGGACCCGGCAGAAGAGGCUGCUAAGAUGGGAAUGUUUGGAAAUAUGACGAGGUCAGUCGCGGACUUUUACCCUACGCGGCUACUCUGCAAGCGAUUCAAUGUCAAGCCACCUGCGCACUCUCGUCGAGAUGACGAGCCCGAUGCCAGCAAUGCACCUCCGGGUUCAAGUGCGCGACCAUCUUACGGUAGUCCAAUGGAAGAUGUACAGAUGCCCUUGCUAUCUGCGUCUCGGGUCCAGGAUGAACCUCCUGCAGCUGGGGAGACGACUUCAAUGGCAGCAGCAGGAGCAGCAGCCUUACGGGAAACUCCAGCGAUAGAAGGCCUGGUGAACCCUGAACGGAACGAGGCUGUUGAGGGGAAAAGCGCUAAUGCUGAAGUAUUACGAGCAAUCUUUGGCGACAAGUCCUUGGAGUUGACUGAGGCCAAGGUGCAUCACCGCCGCGAGCACGCAGCCACCGCCGCCGCCGCCGCCGCCGAUCCACCACAGCUGGACCUUGAGCUCGAUCGCGACGACAACGACAUCGACGCCGCAGAAGGCAUCCAAGGCGCUGUCCACGAGGCCGAGCAGUCCCCGCCGCCGCAGUAUCCCAUCUCGGAAGCCUCUUCCUCGCGCCCUCCGCCAUUCUCGUCGCUCUUUUCGUCGGUUGAAGACCGUCCCGGUGGUGGCAAGUUCCCUGCCGUUGUCGUCCCCGAAGGAAGCGCCGUUGCCAGAUCAAUCGCCGCGCCCGCCUACGGCUCCGACUUUCGUGGCCCGGAGCUUUCUGAUACCGAUCAGGCUGCUACUUCCGCGCGCGCCUUUCAAGACCCUGUUGCCGAGACCAAGCGUGCGCUCCCUAGAGACACCAAGGGAGAGUCGAGCCGCAAAGACGACGACGCCGAACCACCGCCAGCGUACUCGGAGGGGGAUAGUCCUCUCUUUGCAUUCUCAUUCGUAAUGGCGGCUGCCGGAGGAGCGUCGAGUAUUAUUACUCAGGUGCAGCAGGGCGGUCCACCCGUUAAUGCUAUUGGAGAUGUUGGCGCCGAUGAGACAAUCACGAUGGACCUUAGGGGUACCAGAUUUGUUCUUUCGCGUGACGAACUGCUCACUCUACCUGAAUUUGUGCUGUUAUCUCUGUUUCCCAAUGGCCUCUUCCCGGAAGGCCACAUGAGCGGGUUUCCCGAUAGCGAUGCGGUGCAAGUUGAUUAUGAUCCUGCAUCGUUGCAAUACAUGCUAGACUUCUUCCGAAAUGUUGCUCAAUCGAUCCCCACCGAAUCAUCACCCGGCGCUUCGCAAGAUGGGGAAAUUGUUCCCUUGGAUCCAAUGGGUGCCCGAGAUGAUAGCUCAAAACGAGCUGGCAUCAUUGUGCUGAGGGAGGAUCUUGAUUUCUAUGCAAUCCCGCCCAAGUCAGAUAUCAGCCAGCCCGAUAUGAUCGAGGUCAAGCGGGCUGCGGCACGUGCGUUGCUGAAGCAGGACGGUAUCUUUUCUGGGCUGAAGCGCAGCGAUGAACCAGGAACCACCGAAGCUCAUUUGAUCGAGAUGCUGACGGCAGGUGGUUUCAACCACGACGACCAAUGGGGCCACCGAGCUGGCGAGCCUAACAAGGCCGUCAUCUGCAGUCUGGCACUUGCUCGGCUGCGCAGCGACAUUCGAGGCAACGAAAUGGGCAGCAAUGCUGUCGGCAUGGCGCAGAAGCUGCUCCUCUUCUGGCGGAAACCCGCUCGGCGAUGCUGGUGGGAGGGUAUCGAGCUGGAAAACGUCGAAGGCGUCGAAGGCAAGCUCAAGGUCUGGAUCCGCCGAGUGUGGACGCUGGAGAUGAGCGUGAUUGGACUCCGCUGAGGGUGAGAUCUAAAGAAGAAGCCAUUGUGACAAAGCUAAAAAGAAGCGACUGCCGACUGCUAGCAUUUUCUUUUUUUGUCUUUUUCUUUUUCUUUUCUUUCUACUCUUUUUCUUGUUGAAGGGCGUCAGGGUAUAUAUCAGAUUCGGAUUGGUGUUGAUUCUUGAUUCUCCAGAGUAGAACAGCUGGAUUACAUACAUGUUGCUUUUUUUUUUAUAGUCACCCUUGAAGUUUUUUUUUUUUUUUUAUCCUAUCAUUUUUUUUUUCCUUUGGUGCUUGCUUGUUUGCAGGAGAUAAUGAAUAUUUGUCUUGCUCUUGUUCUUCUGCCCCGUUAUUACUGGCAUGCCUCUUGCACGUUUCACAUCUGCCUGACCUCUCGAAUGAGUUUCUACUUCUCUUGAUGUAUAUAGUGGUCUAC